GAUGCUAGACAGAAAGUUGAUGGCUUUAUGCGGUUUAAGACCGGGAGUCCUAAGGACCAGGAAUCUUUACAACCAAACACAAAGUAUAAUUUACGCAAGAGUUUGGCAUGGGAUAGUGCCUUUUUCACUAGUCCAGGAGUUCUGGAUCCGGAAGAGUUGUUUCAGACUCUUAAAUUAAGUGAUAUGGGAAAUUCACUUGACACAAUUGGGAAUGGGGAACAAAAGGUUGUGCCUUCUGAGUCCUUGGAAGCUGAAAAGACAAGUAGUAUUGGUGAAUGUAAUCUGCGCAAAAGUUUGGCUUGGGAUAGUGCAUUUUUCACUAGUGCAGGUAAACUUUAUUUCUAGAUGAGAAAUGAUUACAUAAACUUUCUAUCAAUAUUGCCUUGCAGUAUAUAUUUCUGGUU